AUGGGAACCCUAGAUGUGAUGCCGAUGACGGUAGCGAACUUGCUGGCGCCAGGAACCCCUUGGGAAGACGACCUUCCGGUUGCCAAAUCUAGACCGCCCGGAGAGUCCACAGAACCCGUGAGUCCUGAUCUCGGCGUGCAAGAUGCCAGCUUCAUCGAUCAAACCUAUUUUCGUGAGCAACCGCUGGAGGAUCGGGCCAGGGAGGCCUCUGAUGAGUCCGUUGCCGAUUGCAUACGCGGUGUUCGCGACCAGUUGUCCAUAAAUCAGUACACAGGACACACGAUCGAUUUUGACCGCGGUCGGCAGGCAGCUGUCUUCUUAAACCGGCGCGAUUCACAGGGCUUUCGUAUUCCCGACGACGAUGCAGUGAAGUUCUACAAACUGACUGAGGACGAGGCAACGGAAGUUCUACGACGCUGCAUCAUCUUCAGCCAAGAGAACAUUCUUGUGCUAAACAAACCGCCAGGAAUCUCCUCCCACGGUAAGUCUUUUUUACCGGACUGGAAUUCUUUUAAAGUGAAGCAGGCUAACUCCUAG